AUGGCUUAUCGAAAACAUGUCUUUGCGCACGGCACUGUCUUCCCCGCAGAACACGAUGGUGUCUGGUCGUUUGCCGAUAUUGAUGGCAAGGGCACCCAGGACCUUGUCUAUAUCAAGACCCGAAACACCGGCACCGGCUAUAUCGAGAUCCAUGCGUCCGACUAUGAAUCCCGUUUCCAGAAAUACGCCAUGACCACUACCACUGUAUUCGACAUCGAUGAUAACGGCACCUAUCUGAUGCAGGAUUGGACCGGCGAUGGCAAGGCCGACUUGGUCUACAUCAAGACCCGAAACACCGAUUCUGGCACCGUCGAAGUGCACGUUGCCGAUGCCGCUUCCGGGUACAAGGAAUUUGCCUUCCAAGCCGGCACCUGCUUCGACUGCGAGGAAAAUGGCGUCUGGACUAUGUCUAGCAACGGCGACCUUGUCUAUGUCAAGACCCAGAACUCUGGUUCCAACAUGAUCCAAUGUCAUGUUGCCACCAAGGCAUCGAACUAUCAAGACCUCACCCAGCAUGCCAUCCCCGGCCUUGAUAGCGAUGACAACGGCACCUGGUGUAUUGCUCCGACCUGCGGCGACGAUAUUGCCGACCUCUACUAUAUCAACCCCAAGAACACCUGGAAUGGGAAGGUCGAUGUUCAUGUGGCCUCCGUAGGCCGCGGAUGGAAGAACCAUGUGAUCGAGUUUCCCUCCUCUUUCGCCCCAGAGAAGAAUGGACGAUGGCUCAUGGUGAACUUCACUCACCAGGAGCAACCUGACCUGGCCUACAUCAAAACGACGAACACUGUCUCUGGCAAGAUCGAGGUGCACAUCAUUUCGCCCCAAGAAGUCGUACCCCUUGCAUACACUCUCUCGUCGCUGAAAGUGAGACUCGACUCCGACGCCCCCAAUGUCCUACGAGCCGAUUUGCAACGGAACGACGACUCGUGGCGCGAUGCUUUGAUCGAUCUCGACAUGUUCCUCGGCAAUAUCGAUGGUUGUUUUACCUGGGGAACGAAAUUUUUCCAUAAAUCGGCCCGCCACAUCUCACUCAACGGAUCCCUACUGACUGCUGAGCUUCAUACGAGGGUUGGCAGCUGGGUGCCGGCCAGCUUCGAUCUUAAAGACAACCUCGUGAAUGACGACGGCGUUUUCCGAGCAAUCGACGUCCCUGUUUUCCUGUCGGCUCCGGCUGACCAUCGUGAUGCCAUGCUUAGUCAGCUGAGUAAAGCUAUGGAUAACCCGAACUUUCAGAUUCGACAGGUCGUCUUUGCACCGUCGGAUGAAGCGACCUCAGACUCGGCCCGCUUUAGGACUCAAGUUGUAAUGUAUCCUAGUGGAACAGCGAUGGGCCCUCCCCCCGUGAUCCAUGAGAAUGCCGCGCACGAUCCGGAUGGUGUAACAACUUUCUACGCCAACGCGGGCAUCAAUAGCAGUGACACUGUCUUGUGGACUUGUACGGCCGAAGCCAAAGCCUCGAUCUUCCAUACGGCCCAGUUAAAAGGCAAGAAGAUCCAGCAGGUCCGUCUCGACGUGUUGGGUGCCGAUGCAAGCGCGACUGUCGGAACCUAUCUGGGCGUUGAUGCGAAUGUCAGUCUUAUGAAAGCACAGGCAAGCAUCUUUGACGCGCAAAUCGGGCUUGGCGUUGACACGGGUGUAGGUAUCAAGGACGACUCCGUGCAGAUGGAGGUGGGAGGCUGCGGCGUCACGUUGGGGCGCAAGGUGGCAGUAAGUGUCUUCGGUACUAGCUUCGGCGUGGACUUUGGUCGGCUUUUUGGUUAG